CAAUCACUCUCAACCCUCAAUCGCAAUGUCUCGCCCAGGAAAUAGCAGAGGCAUGUCCUCGACCAACAUUCCCAACACUGGAGGCCGUGUGCUCGAGCGAAAGUUGGCCAUCGUCACAGGCGCCUCCCGCGGCAUCGGCGCCGCCAUCUGCGAGAACCUCGCCAGCAAAGGCUGCAGUCUGAUCAUGAACUACACCUCCGACGACUCCGCCAAAAUCACAGGAGAACUCGCCAAGUCCCUCGAAGAAAAACACUCCAUCACCUGCCUCCCCGUGCAAGCCGAUCUAGGUUCCGAGACCGGUCCAGCGCAUAUCCUCGCCAUCGCAAAGUCUCACCUCGCACAUCCCAAGUCCAAUAAACUCCAAGUCGACAUCAUCAUCAACAACGCCGGGGUGGCAUCCAAGUCCCGUCUGGAAGACUGCACGAUUGAAGAAUUCACCCGUCUUUAUAGCGUGAAUGUCCGCGGUCCUCUGCUCUUGCUACAAGCUGCUUUGCCUUACCUCCCCACCGACCGCAGUGGGCGAAUCGUGAACGUCAGCUCCGUCUCCUCGGCGCUGGGUUUCGAGGAAGACGCCAUGUACGGCGGCACGAAAGCGGCGCUGGAAGCGAUGACUCGAACAUGGGCACGCGAACUCGCGGAGAGAGCGACUGUCAACGCGGUGAAUCCGGGACCAGUGGCGACGGAUAUGUACGCCAAGACGACGAAGGAGUUUCAAGGGAAGAUGGCCGGGUGGACGAGGAAUGCUCCCCUCGCGGCGAUUCGGCCGGAUGUGGAUCGUCAGGAUUUGGUGGAGAAUGCAGAGUUGGCGGGUGGGAGGCCGGCAUACGACUACGAAAUCGCCGGCAUCGUGGCAAUGCUCUGCACUCCCGACGCAGCUUGGUGCACUGGAAGCACCGUCUGCGCGAACGGAGGCUUCAAGUUCAGCACUUGA